AUGGAUUGUGUUGAUAACAUGAAAGAGUUGAUCAAACACCUGGAAGAUUUGAAACUAUUAACAGCGGAUGCUCAACUAUACAAGGCUGAUGAAAUAUGGGUCAGACUGCUUGAAUUGAUAAUGGAGUUGAAACAACAGGACUACAGGUCUACAGAUGUAGUGCAGCGCUUACAGAGUACUCAACUAGAAGAUAUUGCAGCCAAGUAUUUGGAGUAUAAUCGACCCAGUUUACAGAUCAAAGUAAUGGAGUUUACUACAGUAUUUGCGAAUAUGGUAUACUAUGAUAGUCGGUUCAAAGUAUCACAUCGACUAAGCAACCAACUCUCACAAUGCAUGCAAUCACCAAACCGUCAAGUCAAAAUGAUGGCAAGUCAUGAUUGA